AUGUUACUUAGUUUGAUUAUUCUAACUUGCUGUACCAAAUCUUUAAUAGGUCUCAUCAUGUGGGGGUUUUAAUUGGUGUUGCUGUUGAGAAUGUAUAACAAUCAUUUAGUAGAUAAACAAUAUUUUAUUAUUUUGAAGAUAGUAAUUAUGGUAAUAUUAGUUGUUAUGUAUUUCAUCAGCACACCAAUAUAGAAGGUCAUCCUUUAAAAUAGCAGAGCAGCAUCCUUCACUUUAUAAUUUACUGGGUUCUAAUUAUUUGGCUACUUUUCAAAUUAUGAAUCCCAAGCCAUCCUAUUCAUUAUCUUCUCAAUUAUUGUACUCAAUAUGCUCUGCUUGGUAAGUGAAAAGAUAAAAACACAGAAUGUCAAAAAUCAAUUUCAUUACACUGUAUAGGAGAUCUCCUAAUAAUAUAAGGAUUUUAAAUAGUUUUAAGAAUUCAUUAAAAUUUAGAUGGGUAACAUUUCAGUAGAUAUCAAUGAUUCCCCCCAAGGGAAAAGAAAAAGUGGGGACUUUAGUUAAUAGGAAGAAGAUUCUAAAGAGAUUGAUUUUGAGGAAAGUAAAGAGAUCUCAGAUGAAGAUGUUGAGGAGUAGGAGCAGCGUGAAUCAAAGGAAAGUCCUAAAAUCGAUAGAAUCUUUCAAAAUCAAUAUGAAUCUUCUGCAACCUAUUUUCAUAAAAUUGAGAAAGCUUGGUAUGAUUAAUUGGAAAUUAUAAAAACUACCAUAGAUAAACCAUUGAUUUCUUUGAUUAUUUUACAAAUAUUGUCUUUAAGUAUAGUCAUACUCCAAUAGACAUAUUUUUCAAUUUUAUUAGUAUGUUGGCUUAUUUUAACAGGGUUUACAUUAAACUUUAAAAUAAUUCGACUGGCUACAAUAUUUUGUAAUAUUCCUUCAUUAUUGAUCAAUUUUUUUACUUUCUAUUACAGCAAUAUAACUGGAUUAGAUAGACCUGAUAAUUUCUAUUAAUUUUGUCCUUCCAGUUAAUACAAAGGUGUAGAUGACUUACCAACAACAGUAUGUUAAAAACUUGGAUUCUUUUAUUAGGAAAGUUCAGUUGUUAAUUCAAUUUUGAUGAAUUGCACAUUGUGUCUAUUUUUUUUGUUCAUCAAAUAAAUAGAGGAGCAGGAGGAAAGAGAAAAAUAAAUACAAAUAUUACCCAAAGAAAAUGAAGGAAGGGCUUAAUGGUUUAACAUUUUUUUGGCAUUUUAUUUCAGAAUCGGCUUUUUUAUGGUCAUAAUAUUGUUAUAUUGGGUUGGCUUCAAUGAAAUUAAUAUAAUUUAGUUUAUCAUGAUUUUCCUUUUGAUAAUAUUCAUUGUUAAUUAAUCCACUAAAUGUGAAUACAAAGGGAAGAAAGUACCUUUUCAAUAAAAAUAUUGGAUAAUUCUUUUGGUUUACAUGAGUGUCCUCACUUUCAUAAAAUAUUUAUACACUUUGUUUGGAGUUUAUUCAAAUUAUUUUGUUGUUUAAGUUUUAGGACUUAACAUGCUAAAUCACUAAUUAGUAUUGAAUUGGCUAUUAUUUUAUCUAACCAUCAUAUAAUAUUACGGAUUUAAUACUACUUUGUACGAUCAAUAUUCAAAUGUAACACGAUCAUCAUAUUUUAGAGAUUAAUCGCCACCAUCUCAUAAGUUGAGAGUGUGAAAUAAAGUACCCCUAAUUUUAGAUAUUAUUUUGGAAUUAUAGAAACCUUAUAUGGCCAUUCAUUGAUAUGGACAGCAUAUGUAAUUAAUAUAUGCUUCUUGUUGUUCACUCCUUAUAGUUAUCUAAAUAAUGUAUUAUUAUUAUAUAUAGGAAUUGUUUUCAUAUAUCAUGUUAAAUCAAUAAAUUCUUAAAUUAAUUACAUUAAACUAAGAUUAUUGUGGUAUAUAUACAUGCAAUUAUUGCUGCUUGCUUUUACAUAUAGAUAUCUCUUUUCAUUUUUGUAAAUUAUCAUAAAAUUUAUUAGUUUAGUUGUGUACCAGACUUAAAGGAUAAAUCAGAAGGAUUUUAAACAUUUUAUGAGAACCUCUAACUGUAUUAUUAGGAAGUUGGUCUAUAUGCCUAUUCUACGGAUAAUUUAAGAAUCGAGUAUUUGGCAGACACUUUAAACAUUUUGUUUGGUGCCUUUGCAUUGAAUUAAUUGUCAAAAUUCAAGAAAUUGUAAAUGAAAUAACAAAAUUAAAAUUUGACUGAAUCGAAUUCAUAAAAUGUUCUGGAUUUAAGAAUCUUAGAUUAACAGAAGUGGCUUAAGUCAAUUUUGAUUGGAAUAGCUCAUAUUAAUACUGAUAUAAUUACAAUAUACAUUGUGAUAUCUUGUGUACUUUAUCUGAGAUCGGUAGCAGCAUUCAUAUUAUUGUCAUUAUAUUUAAGUUAUUUUUAUCGAGUUCACAAUACUAUAUUAGAUAUUCUCGAUGAGUAAUAAAGCUUAUCAAAACUACAAAAAUGUAAAACAUUAUAUAGAUUUAGAAAUUUAUCUUCUGAAAUAGUUGUACCUUGAGUUUGCUUCAGACAUAUCCCACAUUGAUGAACCCAAGAACAUUAAAAGAUUGAAUGAUCAAUUCAAAUUGUUGCGCCUAACCACGAGAAUCAAACUCAAAAGAAAAAUUUGGUUGUAUUCAUUCUACUUCACAGCCCUUUGUAUCUUACUUUCAUACUUCUCUUAAUUUCUAUCAACUGAAUCAUUUACAGUAAUUGUAAACCCUCCUUUAUGGGUUGAUUAUACAGUGCUUAGCUUUUUCAUUUUUGGAACAUAUUCAAGAUAAUACAUAAUUACAAAUUAGUGUUAUUGUGGUUACGAAUCAAAUAAUAAUGAUUGCAAUGAGAAUAAUUAUGUUCAAACUGAAUCAAAUAUGUGGUAAGUUUCGUGGUUUUAUUUGUUUCUAUUGUUUGUUAAUGUGAUUGAUACUGCUUGUACAAAGAUAUUAGAAGACGACUUAACAAAAAAAAUAGAAAAUCUAUAAGAAAUAUAAGAAAUGACUAAAAUAGAGGAAUCAAGGAUGUAAAAUCAGUCUUAUGAAGAAAGUAAAGAAUUAUUUGAUUAAAAAUACGAUUUUGUCGUUUUUGUCAAAAGUCAUAGGGAAUAUAAUUCAUUUGACAGAGAAGUAUUAAUUUUGAAUUACUUUAAAAAUAAAAGUAGAUUUGUAAAGAUUUUACUUCAUGAAUCAUUGUUUAAGAUAUUCCAAAGAUUCCUAGUUUUACUCUACUUGUCAAAUACUCUACUCGUUAAUACUAUAUUUUCAUUAGUCUACCUAAUAAUAUCUGUAAUAUUAUUUUAAAUGAGUGCUACCGUCAAAAAUACUAAAAUGUUAAAUUCUGUAGCAAUAUUCUCCAUCCUGUUUUAAUAUUUCCUAUAUCUAUUAAAUUGGACUCCUUCAAUAAAUGAUGUGCCUAAAUUGAACAAUUUAGAUUUAACUCCUGAUGAUUUUAAUGUAAUGGCUAAAACAGAUUUAUCUGAUUAUUGGUUGGCCUUUUUAGGGUUUGAAAGCACAGAAAUUAUGGAUUGUGAUUAACUCAAAUAAAGUGCAUUUUAAGAUAUGAAAUGUGAGACUAAUGAAUUGCUGAAUAUUGUCAUUGUAUUCAAUUGUCUCAUUGUAUCCUUUAUUUAUUUAUAUUUUAUAAUGUUGGAGUGGUUUUGUAAUCAAAUUUAUAAGCAAUCUAUCAAAAUGAAGAACGAAUUUAUAGUUUGCAAAAAGGUACUCAGUAAUCACAGUGAUAGUCAAAUCAUUAUAGCUUAUAAUCUAUGGAGAUAAAAGAAUUAUAGUUUCAGACAUGUGUUGAUUCAGACUAUCACUAUGAAUUAUCAUUUGAUUCUCUUUGGAUUCGUCUUGUGGUUAUGUGAAAUGAAUAGAUCAAUUUUUAAUCUGUUGUAAUUACUUAUAGUGAUUGGAUUUUUAUAUGCUGCAGAAUUCCAUUUCAGAUGGCCGUAUGCUUUUUCUCAAAGAAUAAAACUUAAAGCGUUUUAUCAGGCAAUUUUUACAUUAUCUGCCAUCAUAAUUGCCCUAUUUACCUUAUUGAAAGUCCCAACCUUCUUAGAAUAAUGUGUGAAUGCUCCGACAGUACGAACUGAUGUUGGGAAUGGAUUAGAGUUUUAUUGUAUGGAGGCCUUUCAUUUAAAAAUCGAUGGACAGAUCUUCUUAAUCUUCUUCAUCUCAUUGUAUUUUGAUUUAUAAUUAUCCAACCAUGUGAAAAGCACAUAGGAUAAUUACUAAUCCAAAUUGAAAUUAAGAUCUAGGAUGAUAUCAAGAGGUCUUGCCUACAAUUACAACUACCAACAAUAUAAGAAAAUAUUAAAAUUGCAAGAAGAGAAGAACCUACUAAACUAGAUUACAGACACAAUAGAAAGGAAGGUGAUGAUUUGGAAGAAAAGAUUAAGGGAAAUAUAGAUCUAAUCAAUCUAAAAAGAAAAAUCGAUUAAUAUCUAAUAGUAUCCUUAAUUGACAGCUAGUUUUAUGACAGAGCCAGAGGUUUAAAUUCCUUAAGACUAAUCAUUCUUUAGGAAGAUCUACAUCAAAAUGAUAAUUUGGAUGAGAAACGAUAAUCAACAAAUAAAGUUUAUGCCCUUUCAUAUUUUGAUGGAUUAUAUUCUUUAAUAAAAUAAAAGACUGCAGAGACAUGUAUUCAUCAAAAUAGAGAAUCAUCUGAUGAACGAUACUACAUCCUAUGAAGAUGAGAUGAGAAGCCUUGAAAAAAUAUAUAGAAGAUUUUAUCAGGAGAUUUGUAAAAAUAAAGAUAAAUUAAAUGAUGCUGCUUUAGACAAGAUUAUUUAGAAAGCAAUGAGCAAGUACAAGAAAUUGUAUAAACCAUAUAAGGGUUAAUAAUAUAAUAAAUACGUGAACUAAUAUUAAACGAAUUAUAACUUAAGCAAGGAACUUAGAUUUAUUCAUAUCAUAGAUGAGAAGGAGCGAAUAGUCUUGGAAUAAACAAAAUAAAACUAUCCAAUCAAUAAAUUGAUAUAAAUGAAAACGAUGCAUUUAUUUAGUUUGUUUCUGCAAGAUAUAUUCAAAUAUUGUUUGAUGAAAUGGGACACUAUAACCAACAUCAUAAUUAUUUGUUACUAUUUCAAAAACUAUGCGCUUCUGGGAAUGGUCUUGCCAAUAGUCAUGUUCGUAUGGGGAUUAAUAGAUGCAAAUACUAAGGUAUUUUGGGUUAUCUCAUAUUCAUUAUACUUUUUCAUUAUUGUAAUGAUAUUUGUAGACUCAAUGUAUGGAGUCUCAUACAGUAAGCCAAUUGAACCUAUAUAGUAUAUUCCAUGGUAUUACGUAUUAGAUAAUAGUAACACUUUGGGAUUGUUCUAUGAAAUAUUUACAAUUUGGUUGAUUACAUUCUAAGUGUUCUUGCAGAAGUCAUUUGGCAUCUUCGAUUACCCUUUCACCUAGAUAGAAAAUAUCUUUCAAGGGUAUAUCAGAUUGAAACUGAACAAUUUCAAUAAGGAUAUGGUGGAAGAGAUAGUGUAAGAAUCAGAGAUACAGAGAUCGAGAUCUAAGUCGGAAGUAGGUAGAAUAGACAAUCCAGAAAUAGAGAGAAUAGAGUUAGAAAAUUAAUUAUAAGAAAAAUUGUAAUUGGAGAAUUCAGGGUUGGAGAAGGAACCUGAGAGUGUGAUGUUGAAAAUAGGCAAUGAUUUAGAAAGGAAGAUUGCAGCCAAUCCUGAAAUCUUAAGUGAUAGAUAUAAACCAGGAUUUUUUGAGAAGAUAAUGUCUUAUGAAUAUGCAAGACCAGGAAUAGAUCUUUAUUUAUCUAUCGCUUCCAUUUAAGUAAUCCUAUUUUUGUAUAUGCUAUUCUUUUUCAAUUUCAUGACUGGAGAAUCCCAAAAUAUUUAAGGUUACUUAAAAUAUAAUUAAGUACCUGCUCAAUUAGUAUUGGCAUUGGUGUUUUAAAUGUUGUUUAUGAUGGUUGAGAGAUAUAUUGAACUAAGAGGAGAUUAAAAAUAUAUUAAAAAUCAAGAAAAAGCAGUCUAUAAAAACAAGUACAAAACUUAGUUUGUUUAAAAGUACAUAUUACAAGUAGUGAUUCUAACGUUGGUAUUCUGUUUUGUCUAUUGUUAUUUGUUGCAACUUUGGAACAGAAACAUUGACAAUUAUACAGAAUACAAUACUUCUAUUGUAAUAUAUUUUCUUUUGUUUUGUGCUUACUUUUACUUAUCUGCCCUUUAACUUAGAUAUGGAUAUCGAGAAUUGAAAGUAAGAAACCAAUUUUUGUAUAUCUAUAAUUCACUUAGCUAUUACUUUGCACUAACGUUCUAUUCAAUUCCAUUUUUAUAUGAUUUAAAGGUAUUGAUGGAUUGGACUUGCUUAUAUACAUCACUUGAUAUUUAUUAAUGGUUUACUCUAGAGGACAUCCAAAGAUAAUUAUAUUUUACAAAAAUAAAUUCCCAAAGGAUAAUGAAAAGACAAUUAGGAUUAGAAAUAUCAAAGAUAAGCAAAAUCAUUUUCUUUUUCUUUGUUAUUUUUAUCCUAAUUUGCAUUUUUGGUCCCUUAAUUUUGUUCUCUGCUCUUAACCCUGCUGCAUAAGACAAUCCAAUUGUUAGUGGAACCUUCACUAUUAAUUUAGUAAAUGUUGACACAAACUUAAAUGUUGAACUUUAUCAAUCCAGUCAAUUGUUUGGAUUAGAUUUGCCCAUAAUAAAAGAUAAGUCGGAAAUCAAAGCUCUAACCAAACUGGAUAUAACUAAAUAAUAAAUAGAUAAUGCAGGGGGAAUCUAAAGAUUUUAAUUAUCAGACUUUUCGAAUUAAAAAUGGCAAGUCUCACUUCCACUGUAUAAUUAAUUGAUUAGAGAAUUGGAUCAGACUUUAUCCUUUGAGGAGGACUUCAAUUUCAUGUUUAAUGUAACUUUUAUAUUUCGUAGACGAUUUUAAUUUAAUUUCCCUACCUUAUACAGAUUUUCAUAUCCCUACAACCCUUUGAUAAAUGGAAUCAAUGGCACAGUAGGAUUGGGAAGGGAUGUACUGAAAUACAUCAAGUAAGCUGCCAAGAGUUGUGAUAACACAGGAAUCUUGCUCCCUAAUUUCUACAUUGAAGCCCUUAGGAUUUAUUAAAAUUCUUAAACAAGUUACAAUACUACUCCAAUUUAUAAAAGUAAUCUUCAAACAGCCUAGAAUGUAUUCCUUAACAUUAACUGUUCCUAUGGAAAUAAAAACCCUCUUUAAGGAGUGUCUAAUUGGGAAUUUCAGUAUGCUGGAAAUAGCAGUUUAUCUUCCAAUUAAUCAAACAUUACGUUGGCUGAUGGACUAUUGUAUUUUGUAGUGUGUGAUAAAUUCUCAGUCCUAACAAAUGGAUUAAGUGUUAUCACAAUUUACACUACCAUAAUUCUUCUCAUUGCAAAAUGCAUCAGAAGCACGUUCUCCUCUCAAGUAUUUAUGUUAGAGUUUACAUAAAUGCUUUAACCAGAUGACUUAUUAUCAAUAUGUUAGGCUGUAUCUGUAGCAAGAUAGCUAGAGAAUUAUGGAAAGUAUAUUAAAAUAUUUAUAAUUUAAGAGAAAACUUAUUGUAUUUUGAAUUGAUAGACAUUUUACGCUCUCCAGAAUUAGUGAAAGCAAUGACAGGUGCAUGGUCGGAGAAAUUUGAAUCCUAACAAAGUUAGUAAAAAUAAAUCAAAGCAGAGGAACUGUAGAAUCAGGAAUAAUUAAAAGAAGAAUCAAAAAAAUUAAAAUUAGACUGAUUGUAUUUUAUUAUAUCUUGCAUGAG